AUGGGGAGGAGGAUUAGGAUUAGGAGGAAUAUGAUGGAUGAGGCAGGGAAUGGGGUAAAGAAUCGGGGGGAGGCUGGGAGAGGGGGAGAAAGGAUGGAAGAAGGAGGUGGAGGAAGUAGGAGGUGGCAGAAUAAGGGAAAGGGGAUGAGAGGGAUGUGUGGAAGAGAAAAUGGGGACGAGGGAGAGGAGGAGGAGGAGGAGGAGAAGGAGGAAGAAUUAGGAGGUGGAGGAGGAAGGGAAAGGGAAGAGAGCGUAGGGGGAAACGGGAGUGGGGAAGGGGUGAGGGCCGUGGACAGGAAACUGGGCAGAGGAGGACGGAAAGGUUAA